AUGUCUAUUUUACAGGACUCGCUGGAGCAAAACUCGCUAUUUCAAGCCGAGCUUUCUUCGGGAGCAAUCAUUCCACAAACUGAUGUUUUCGAUGAGGAAAUAUGCCUGGGAGCAAUUAUUGGUAUCACGGCACAGCUGGAUCGCGAUGAUGCAUUGAUUCGAUGUUUGGCCGACCACGGCGCACCUUUCCUAUGUUUCUCGGUUCUCAAGGAGGGGAAUUUCUUCCUUCUUGGGCAUGAAGAAGAUAAAUUCGCCCGUCUCAACAAGCAGCUAUGCACCGGUCUUUCAAAAGCGACAAAUGAUCAACAAAUUCGACUACAGGCAUAUAUUACUAGAGAAGAUGCAAGGUUAGCAGUGCGGAAAAAAUACGGCGAAAGGCUGCUACCAAUUGAAAUCAACGUUUACGCCCCCUUAAAUGGCGUGGACGAUGUGGGAGCUAGAUUGAGCAAAUCUCAUAUUUUCCUGCAGCCUCUUCGCUAUGGGCUUGAGGAGAGGAGAUACAUGAAUCCACAUGUUCUACGAUUUGAGGGACAACCGAGUGACGAUUUACUCCACUAUUCUACUAUAGCUGACUGGGAAGAGAUAGAUCCAAAUCACUUAUCAAGCAAUGAAAGCCUCUCUGAUGAUGUUGAUGAAAUUGACAUGGACGACAUGUUUGGUGUUCAAUUGCAACAUAUAUUUCAAGCCAACGUGCCUAUCGACCGGCGUAUCAAGAGCGACCUCUUACAAGUUGAAGUCGGUAUUGAUCUUCGCUACAGUUACCAGCAUGUUUUCAAUGGCGAGAGGCGCGCAAAGCCACAAGAAGCCAGCGGCGGAAUUCUGGCCGAUGAGAUGGGCCUGGGGAAAUCCCUGGUGACUCUGUCAGUCAUCGCUGGUUCUCUCGAUGAGGCAGAAAAUUUUUCAGGGCGACAGGAGCAAUCGGACGUUUCCCAAAAGAAGAACCCAACUCAGGCGACACUUAUUGUGGUUCCAUCAACGUGCAAGUCUUGGCCCAAAACCAUGAGGAAGUACAUUUAUAGUAUCUAA